AUCGAUUGAAUGCCCAUUCACGAGAAAGUAAGUGUGUGUGUGUGUUUUCCUCGGGCUUCAUUGAAAAAAAUAAACAGUUGCUGAAAAAUAGUAGGAGAUCUUUACAAAAGACUUCGGGUUCAAGAAUAAAAACAAAGCAAUGUCCAACUACUACAGCUUUUACACGCGCGAUAACUAUGAUGACGAAUCCAUUGGAGACGAGCGCAGUGAAGAAGAUACGGACGACGCUAGCGAAACAGAGUUCCGCAGUCCUAAUCGCUACGGUGUCACUAACGGCACAUCAAACAACAGCACAAACAACAACAUUGGCAGCAACAGCGAGCUCAAAGAGCAAAUGUACCAGCACAAGCUUCUUAAUCUGCAAAAGCAAAUGGAGGAGCUGAAUCAGCUCAUCCAUCCAGAGUAUAUAAAACGCGUUAAGAAGCUGGACAACCAACUUAAAGAGCGGCGUAGGUUGAAUGAGAUAUACAAGGAUUACAUGCGCGAAUGCGUCGAGCGAGACUAUAUUCUGGAGAAGAAGGCCGCUCAGAAGGAGUAUGACGAGAAGAUGAUGGAUCUUAAGGACAAUUUGAUAUCAGAUUUUGAGGACCGAAAGCGAUUGAUCGAAAACGAACGGUAUAGUUUGGAGCUGACCAGCGAUUCCAUGGAGAUUAAAACGACGGUGACGCGAAAGUUACGCCGACGACCGAACGAACCAAUGCCGGUGAUAGAGAAGCGUCGAAAACCAGCCACCGGUCAGCUUCUAGUUUAUCAGCUAGACGACAAGGAAAUUGAAUCUGAUCUCAAGGUUAUACAACGCGGCAAACCCUUGGGUCCAAAUAGCUUGCAGCAGAACGGUAUUGUUUCCUAUACAAGCACCCAACAGCAGCAAUCGCACAUACUACUGACUGACCCGCCGGCUAACAGCUACGUGGAAACACGCAUCGAGGACAACAAGUUGCUUUACGAGCGGCGAUGGUUCUGUCGUGGCCAGCAGGUCUAUGUGGAGGGCAAGGACUUGAGCAAAUUUGCAGCAACCAUCACGGCUAUCGGUAAUGAAGUGGUUUGGGUGAAGCGUACGAACGAGAGCAAGGUCAAGAUCAACAUGUCGCAUUUGGCCAAAGGAAAAAUAUCGAUAAAGCGUCGAUAGCCAGCAGAGUGCCAAUAACUGUUUUGGUUCGAUCCCACAGCAUAAGCUCUCCAACACAUCAGUUGCUUUAAGUUAUAGAAGUUGCUAGAAAGCAUGUAUAUAAGUAUACAUACAUACAUACAUAAAUAUGUACACUUGCAGAAGUUCGUCACGCACAGAUAGGAAGCAUCUCCCCCUCCGAUUUCAGUCCGAUUUUCUGUUUCCCUGCUGCCUUCGGUUUACCUUUUUUUUUCUCCUUCGUUAUUGAAAAUGAGCGAAAAUGGUCGAAUCGGCCGGUUUUAGUAUAUGAAGUACGUACAGCUUAUCAACAUUUAACUCAAAUUCAAUGGAUUUGCCAGUUCAUUUCGUUGAAAUUUUUUUUUUUCCAUAGCCAAAUUUUUUUAUUUUAAGUUGUGCGCCCUGCAUGAAGCUGAUAUUGGAAAAACUCAAUUUCUGAGUUCCUGCUGAAAUCAGAUUAUCACACAUUUUCGGUUUUAAGUAGAUCAAUUAACUAGUCGAACUGGAAGGGUACAUAAACAUCGGCUUUCCGAAGUUAGUUUUCACGCAUUUCGAUGUACAAUACUGCUGGGUAGGAACUGAGCCGUAGGUUAAGUGAGAAGUUUAUUUUAACAAGCUGUAAAUAAUAAAACAUUAUUUUAUAUGAA